CAUUUAAAGAGAAGUGGUCCACGUAACGACACGAGAUAAACCUGAUCAUAUAUAUAUUCACUUAGAAUCAGUGAAACCUCCAGUAUUAGUGAGCUACAAGCUGAUAAGGGAUGGAACAAUUAGGAACAUUCGUGUUUGUAGUGAUUCCACUCCUUGCUUCGGUUUCAGGGAGCGCCUUACCUAGGAUUUCAGGAGGGACAGAGACCCGAAUCGGAGAAUUUCCUUAUCAGGUGGCCAUAGUCAAGAGCAAGACACUAACGCUCCGCUGUGCGGGAGCUCUUGUCAGAGACAACUAUGUCCUUACGUCUGCGUUUUGCGCCCAUCUAGGAACUGCCUCUGAAACACAAGUCCUGGUUGGCAACAAUAACCUGACGCACGAAACCCCGUCUCAACUUCUCGACGUGGAGGUCAUCCGCGCUCACGAGGACUAUAACAUAGAUGGCAGGAUAAACGAUCUGGCUAUCCUGAAGCUGAGAAGUAACGUGAGAAUACAGGAAACUGCUGACGCCGUGUCAGUAAGAAGUACUUCCACUGCUGAAGGAACCAUUUGUACACUCACAGGAUGGGGAUCCGAUAUUUGGAAUGGUCAGUCGUUCCCUGUUCUUCGGACCCUGAACUUGUCCAUCGUGAACAACGAAUACUGUACGACACAACUCGGACAGACUAUUGCGUCUGCGCAGAUAUGUGCCGUUGGAAGCCAAGAAAAUAACGCAUGCUUCCUGGAUGAAGGCGACCCGCUGGUGUGUGAUGGGGAACUGACAGGAGUAAUGUCUCACUCUGUAAACUGCGGCAAGCAGAACAAGCCGAGUGUGUAUACUGACCUGGCCAAAUAUACAGCCUGGAUAGAGAAAACGAUAAGUGAUUUGAGUUCUGCUACAGCCAAAAGCUUCUGCCGUCUCACGAUUUUAGCGAUGUUGGUGGCAAUUCUGACGUUCUGGAACACGAGAACGUAGAGCAAAAAGCUGCAGCAAGUUGCGUCGGAUGUUUUUACCGAAAAAGUGCCAGCCUUACCUUCAACAGCGCCGAAUCAAAAGACUGAAGAAUUCAUGAGUAAAAUAGUGUAUACAGAAACUCCCCAAGAAGUUGAAAUAUGCAUAAGGCAAUUCUCUCCAGAGUUUUCUUAAUUAUGUAGUUCAGAUAAACGGCCAAGAGAUGUCACACGCUAAGGAAAUUCUUUCCAAUACUUGACUGAGUAGCUCAGAUAAACUGCCAAGAGAUGUCACACGCUAAGUAAAUUCUUUCCGAUACUUGAUUGAGAAGUUCAGAUGAAUUCCUAAAAAAUGUUACAUGAUAAGGUAAUUCUUUCUAUUACUUGAGUACUUCAGAUAAACAGCUAAUAGAUAUUACAAGUUAUCGAAUUCUGUACUUUUUGUAAAUGUCGAAUUUUUUUACAUUUGAAAUUCUGCUUACACUGUUUGCACACAACUGCCUCUUGCUGUGACGAGAAAUGAACGAAAUGAACUGACAGGGCAUCAGAUCAUGCCUCUACCUAUCCCCUGUAGUGCACUGCAACGACGCUUUGCGGCCAGUCCACGAACUUAUUGACUGUGGUAGUAUUUCUCGACAUAUCCUCCACCAACACUGAUACAUUUGUCCCGUCGUUUUGCUGGUACGUCGAAACCCACAGUAUGGAAGUGUUUUGACUGUUGUCUCUGCCACUUCCGCAACUGGUCGGGCAUCAUCUGAGGCUUUCGACCGACCUUGAGAGAAUUUCUCGACACAGUUGUGAACCACUUCACACGACAAAAACUACCCACGCAAACGAUAAACAUUCCUUCAUGAAUAUAUUUUGCAUUGAGCCACUUUUUCCACAAAAAGGCGCAACAGAAUGCUGCUCUUCGGUAUUUCACUUCUCAAGCACGGUCGCCAUUUUGACUACUGAAACCAUCAUCUGAACAUACUCAUGUGUGUCUGCUACCUAGACUAUAAUGAAGCUGGACUGUGCUGCUACCUAGUGAUACACACAGAGAACCUAUUACAUCCAU